UUCAGUGUUUAUCCGUCAUACAGCGACAAUCAAGUCACAUUAUCUCCACCGACUGCACAUACCCGGACCGGAUAAAUGGUCCACAUUAUGGUAAUGUCUUCCCAUCAGACUACAGUUUGAGUUCGUUGUCACAUCUGGAUUAAGCAGCCUGAUCUCAUGCAAGACUACAUUAACCAGAAGUCUACGCUCUUACGUCGAAAAGUAAGAGGUCAAACAGACAGCGCCCGUGCUUCACUUGUUAGUGACGCUGAUGGCUGGUCAACUCUUCAAAGUGUCCGCUCUUGCCACAGCAGUGUUUGCCUCCUCUGGGUUCUACCUGUACGACAGACAGCUGAACCUCGAUGAUCUGAGUGUGAUCCGCUUUGGACGAGCUGCAGCCACAACAGCGAUCAUCAGUUUUGACUAUCUGACUGCUUUCAAUCAUUUGGAAUAUGGCACAGAGGAAUACUGGGCUCUCAGGUCUAAGGUGCAUCUGCGAUCGGCAGAACGUCUUCGAGACUUGUGCUGUGCCAACCGGGGGACUUUCAUCAAGGUGGGCCAACACCUCGGGGCCCUGGACUACCUGCUGCCUGAGGAGUACACGUCCACCCUGAAGGUGCUCCACAGCCGGGCUCCUCAGAGCAGCAUGCAGGAGAUCCAGCAGGUCAUCAGAGAAGACCUCGGCAAGGAGCUGUCAGAGUUAUUUCUGUCCUUUGAGGAGGAGCCUCAUGGUGCAGCCUCCUUAGCCCAGGUCCACAAGGCACUGCUGCAUGAUGGGAGGACAGUGGCCAUCAAGGUUCAACACCCCAAAGUCCAGAGCCAGAGUGUCAAGGACAUAGUGAUGAUGGAGGUGCUGGUGAAAGCGGUCCAUUGGCUCUGCCCAGAAUUUGCCUUCAUGUGGUUGGUGGAUGAGGCCAAAAAGAACAUGCCACUGGAGCUGGACUUUCUUAGAGAAGGACAGAAUUCUGAGAAGGUGGCCAACAUGCUGGCCCACUUCCCCUUUCUCAAGGUUCCCAAGAUACAUUGGGAUCUGUCCACAAAGAGGAUUCUGACCAUGGAGUUUGCUGAGGGGGGGCAGGUAAACGACAGGGAAUACAUGAAGAAACACGGCAUCGAUGUCAACGAGAUCUCAGAGAACCUGGGCAAGAUCUAUAGUGAAAUGAUAUUUGUCCGUGGCUUUGUUCACUGUGACCCGCACCCGGGCAACGUCUUGGUCCGAAAGUGUCCUGAGAGCAAGAAGACCGAGAUCACCCUGCUUGAUCACGGUCUUUAUCAGGUCCUGGAGCCAGACUUCAGGUUGGACUACUGUCGGUUGUGGCAGGCUCUGAUUAGAGGGGACAUGUCGGGGGUGGAGCUGUACAGCCGCAGACUGGGGGCUGGAGAUCUGUUCGCGCUGUUCGCCUGCGUGCUCACUGCUCGAUCCUGGACCGCUGUGAACGCCGGCAUCAGCUCUGUGCCUGUCACACACUCUGAGGUAGGCCUACUGUAUGAGCUCCAACAGACGGAUAGUGCAUGUUCAGAGUAUUUAUUCAGAUGA